ACACUCAAUACUCAAAACACACCAAUUAUCGACCUAUGAACUAACCCUUUCCAUCCUCAACUUGCCCAAAAUCAAACCAGAAGCUGCAAGAAAUGCCACAUAUGGUGAUGAGUUAAUCCUACAUCCAAAAAAGCAGCCUCUCUUUCUGCUCACCAAAUCAGUCGACGUAUCACACAAACUCAUGCACGCCAAGAAAUUGCUACUCACACUUGUGUCCUUAUAACGCAACACACAUGACUACUCCCACACCAAUUCAUCACUUCUCCAGCAGUUCUGCUGAUUCCCUGCAGUCUCCUCAUCACCAUCUCUUUCGUUCUACAAUCAUGAAUUCUUCUUGGCCUGAUUGUAAUUCUUCUUCUUUGUUAUACGGGUCGGGGAGUUUUGCUCGGUAUGGUGGGUUCUUGUCGUUCUUCUCCGAGAUUCAGAUGCUUGAGCUUCUGCUUGCUGUUGUCGUCUUUGUUGUUAUACACUGCUUGCGGCAGAAGAGUCGUCAGGGCCUCCCCAACUGGCCGGUUCUUGGAAUGUUGCCGUCGCUUAUGCUGGCCCUCCGGGGGGAUAUGUAUGAAUGGAUUUCUGAAGUUCUGAAUCGCCAAAAUGGGACUUUCACCUUCAAAGGUCCCUGGUUUACUAAUCUCAACUGCGUGGUGACCUCUGAUCCUCGCAACCUGGAGUACCUUCUCAAGACGAAGUUUUCGAAUUUCCCGAAAGGAGCGUAUUUCCGGGACACGGUGCGGGACCUUCUUGGCGACGGCAUUUUCAGCGCGGACGAUGAAAUCUGGCAGAGGCAGAGGAAAACAGCGAGUUUGGAAUUUCACUCCGCGAAAUUUAGGCAGAUGACCACUGAUUCCCUACUGGAAUUGGUGCACUCCCGUUUGCUGCCUGUCCUGGAGGAAUCUGUUCAGAAAUCAGCCCGGAUUGACCUGCAGGACAUUCUGCUCAGGCUCACGUUCGACAAUGUUUGCAUGAUCGCUUUCGGCGUGGAUCCAGGCUGCCUGAGACCCGGCCUGCCGGAAAUUCCCUUCGCCAGCGCCUUUGAGGCUGCAACAGAAGCAACGACAGCACGGUUCGUUACCCCAACUCUGAUUUGGAAGGCAAUGAGAUACUUUGAGAUUGGGAGCGAAGGGAAGCUGAAGAAAUGUAUAAAACAAGUGGACGAUUUCGCUCAGGAGGUUAUCCGGGCAAGGAAGAAGGAGCUUUCUUUAGGCAAUAUAGAGCGGAGAUCGGACCUUCUGACGGUGUUCAUGGGGCUGAGAGACGAUAAGGGGAAGGCAUAUUCGGAUAAAUUCUUACGGGAUAUUUGCGUGAACUUCAUCCUGGCGGGGAGAGACACAUCAUCGGACCUUCUGACGGUGUUCAUGGGGCUGAGAGACGAUAAGGGGAAGGCAUAUUCGGAUAAAUUCUUACGGGAUAUUUGUGAACUUCAUCCUGGCGGGGAGAGACACAUCGUCGUGUUCCGGCCGGAGGAGGUGAAGAAGAUGGAGUAUCUGCAGGCCGCCCUGUCGGAGGGUCUCAGGUUGUACCCUUCUGUUCCCGUUGAUCAUAAGGAGGUGGUGGAGGACGACGAAUUCCCAGAUGGCACAGUGCUGAAGAAGGGAACAAAAGUAGUGUACGCAAUCUACGCAAUGGGGAGAAUGCAGGGCAUAUGGGGCAAAGACUGCCGGGAGUUCAAGCCCGAGCGAUGGCUGCGUGAUGGCCGUCGCUUCGUGAGCGAGUCUGCUUACAAGUUCACAGCCUUCAACGGUGGCCCUCGCCUUUGCUUGGGCAAAGACUUCGCCUACUAUCAAAUGAAGUUUGCGGCAGCCUCCAUUUUGCUCCGGUACAGGGUGGUAGUGGCGGAGAACCCCCCGGUGGUGCCGAAGAUGGCGCUGACGAUGUAUAUGAAGUACGGAUUGAAGGUGGAGCUGGCGAGGCGUGAUCGUUCAGAACUUGAGAAAUAUCUCAACGUAAAAUUUUGUUGAUUGCGUCAAUUAUUUGUUCUUUUUAGUCCGUACUGUAUGAAUGCCAUUUGAAUUGUGUAAUGCGCCAACAAUGUUUUAGAAUAAAGGGAGAUGAUUUGGAGCAUAUAUAUGUAGUUGAUUUGUGAUGUAAGUAAUUACCAAUAUCUGUUAUUUGAAGGUUGAUUUAUAUUUAAUAAUGGAGAUUGAAGCUUGACUAGGCGGA